AUGCAGCAUCAGGAGCACAGGAGGCAGGGCCAACAGGAGGCAAGGCCGGGCAACCUGAAGCAAGACAGAGAGAGAUUCCGACAUGGCGCGAGUGGGGAUGGCGCGAGGAGGGCGGGUGAGGCAGGCACAGUGGAGGAGAGGGGAGGGCGGCAGAGUGGGGGCGACUCAGAUUACGGCGGAAAGGGUGGGGAGUCACAGAGGCGAGGCGGGGAUGGAGCAGUGAAUGAAAGGGAAGGGGGAGAAGGCAGAAGGGGCAGUGGGGGAAGCAAAGAGGGCGUGGAGGAGGAGGAUGGGGAGAUAGGCGAGUGGUCAGGCGGGCAGAUGGAGGAGCAUGGCAGCCCGCCUCAAGGGGGGCCGGGCAAGGGGGGGCGGGGCAGUGCGGUGGAUGAGGGCGAAGGGGCGGAGGGGUGGAGGAAGAGGAGGUGGGGCGGGGAGGAGGAGAUGGAGUAUGAGGCGAUGCUGGCUGACGUGGACGUGGGGGCGCGAGGCAUGGGGGGGGUGAGGGAGAGGGAGAGAGGCAGGAAUGAGACGCAGCAGCAGUGGAGUGGGGUGAGGGAUGGGAGUGGGGAGAGGCGGCAGCAGGUGAGGGCUCGCGUGGCGCCUGUGGAGGGAGGGGCGGGUCGUGACGGGGCAGGCGGUGCGGGCGGGAGGGAGGAGGGCGAGGAGGGCGAGGCGGGCGAGGAGGGCGAGGCGGGGGAGAUAGGGGAGGCGGGGGAGGUGGGUGUGGAGGAGCGGGGCCGGGGGGAUGCGGAGGAUGGUGGGCGCACAGAAGGCAGGGGGCGACGGGGUGGCAUGGAUGUGAACCGGCAUGGAGGGGCGGAGCGCAGUGGCAUGGAUUUGAACCGCGCCGCGGAGGAGCCAGCAGCAGUGCGCAGCAAGGGUGGGGCGAGCAGCCGAGGGCUCUCUGGUGCUGCUGGCGGCAGCAGUGCUGCUGGUAGAGCCGACCAACGGGCGUCAAAUGACGGGGAGGAGCACAGAGGGGUGGCGCGUGGUGCGUUGAGGCGAGUUAGAGAUGCGGACGAGGCUGGCGAUGGCGAUGGUGAUGGCGAUGGGGAGAGUGGGAGUGGGAGACACAGGAGUGGUGGCGAGUGGGGACAGCACAAGAAGGCUCGCAUGGACCCAUGA